AUGUCUGCCUCCGAGCUGCAACGGAGGGCAACGGCCCUUAGUCGCCGUCAGGUGCGAAUAUUUGGUGCAGUGGCCACCGGGUGUGGCAGCCUUGGUUUGUAUGUUUGCUACAAGAAGUUUUUUCUUCCAGAGUCCCUGCGCGAAGAGCAGUGUAGGAGGAUGCUCCUGCCGAUGCGGAGAACAAAACCUUACGUUGCUGGGAGAUCGACGGGUGAUGGUUUGGUGCCAGAGGUGCGAUCUAUGCCGAGAGUGGUGUUUUUCUUCUACGUCGCGUACCGAAUCGCAUUGCUUUUUCUAGGCUGCGUUCCCGUUCUGUGGUACGGAUUUCUCACAUACAGCUUACGGCUGUGCCCUGAACGCAUAUUUUAUGAAAAGAUUCUCGACUUCCUCUCGUCAAUGGGUCCGAGCUACAUCAAACUUGGUCAGUGGAUGGCAACGCGUCCUGACUUUUUCCCCGAUCAAAUGUGUAAGACGCUGGAAAAGCUGUAUGACAGUACCGAGCCACACAAGUGGUCACACACUGAGAAACUUCUCCGCAGCGAGUUCACCGACGGGCCUUGCAAAGGGCACAACGCGGUUCGCUACAUCUCCGAGAUUGAAAAGGUUCCGAUCAAGAGCGGUAGCAUUGCUCAAAUACACCGAGCGAAGCUCCGCGAGAGCAUUGAUGGGAUUCCAGCUGGAACAGAGCUCGCUCUCAAGGUCACGCACCCCCACAUACGCGAGCAGGUGUCCGCUGACCUGGCAGCUAUGCGUCUCUUUGUUCGGGUCGGGAACAGGAUUAUUCCAGGGCUGCGGUACUUUAAUUUGGAUUCGAGCAUCAACGAAUUCUCGUCACUGGUUCAGUCUCAACUCAAUCUCUUAGUUGAAGGGGAUAAUUUGAUGCAGUUUCGGUACAACUUCCGGGGCUUCAACGGUGUUAUUUUCCCCACACCACUGCUGUCUCUGUCUACGGAAGACGUGCUCUUUGAAACAUUUGAAGAGGGUGAGCCGCUGCAAGAUGUGGUGUACAGUGAAGAGCAUAAAGAUGUGGCAGAGCUGGGCUGUCACAUGUUUUUGAAGAUGCUCUUUGAGGACAACUUUGUCCACUCGGAUUUGCAUCCCGGCAACAUUCUUCUGCGGACAAAUAAGACGGAUGGUCUUCGGCAGUACUACCCCGACGGCAAGCGAAAGCUGCGAUUCGAAGUCGUCGUUCUCGACACUGGCCUUGUAACGACUCUUUCCAAGGACGAGCGCAACAACUUCAUCUCGCUCUUUGCCGCCGUCGCGUGCGGUGAUGGUGAGCUCGGGGCGGAUCUAAUGAUCGAUCGUCUGCCCCACUCCAUGAGAAACGCACAGGACACAGUAAACCGGGAGAGGUUUAAGAAAGAGAUCAAGGAGGUAUUUGACAUGGUUGCUCCUGGAACGGCAGGCUUCCGCCUCAGUAAGGUCCAGAUUGGCAGUGUCCUAGGAAAGGUAAUGGACGCGGUCCGCGAGAACCACAUUCCUUUGGACGGCAACUUUGCCUCACUCGUUCUCUCGGUGAUUGUUGGCGAGGGGCUGGGUCGCAAGCUGUUGCCCGACUUCAAUAUUUUUGCCGAGGCAGCACCGUAUCUCAUGGCAUUUCUCGAGGACGGCGAGCUUUACUUCUUGGCGAAGAAGCUUCAGGGCACAUACGGUACCACCGCUUUAUUGCGGGACUCAGUAGAUAUUGUGAAGCCAGAAAAGGCUGGGACGUACGUUGAAAUGGCAGUGAGAAAAGGGGAGAACAUGUUACGGAAACUCUUCACAUCGGACAGGACUCGUGUGUAG